AUGGUUAGGCGUUACGGAAGCGUCGCCGAAAAACCGCUCCAACAGUGGAUUGAACACUCAGACACCUACGCCUACCAUGGAUACCGCGACUCUGCUGAUAAGUCUGUGGGGGAUGGAGAAAAUAAGUUCAAAACCGCCACCGAAAGCAAUGUUGGGAACAAGUCAUUCGCCCAAAAACCCCUUUAUCUCGCAUCCAACUCGCGAAAUAAAGCCACGAAGGGUGCAAACAAACGCCAGCGUGAGCGUCGUCGCCACUUUCGUCGCAAGCGGCGAAGGAAUCGAAAGGAAGCCUUGGCAGACGAUGCUCCAUUGAGACGAGAACAGUAUCUUCAUCGAUUGCAACGAAUUGCUGAGCGUCAAAGGAACCUUCAGGCCAAACUCGCCAUGCUGUCACGUAAACAACAAAAUAUUCUUGAAAGAGUAAUACAGUCAAAAGAAGUGAAAUCGGUCGUAAGAAGUCGGCGCAGUGUCAAGCAGAGUCUGAAGACACUCCAGGAAGUGGAUGAGGAGGACCAAGUUGGUUUGGCUGAGGAAGACCGUCCAAGGCGGCGGGUUCGGAGAGCUGCAACGGCGUACAAGUCGAGAACUUGGCCCUACGGUGUCAUUCCCUAUGUAAUACAGGCAAACUUUACAAGUGAAACUAAAGCCACUAUUAUGAAAGCCAUGAGGCAUUGGGAGAAUCAUACAUGCCUGAGUUUUGUUGAACGUGAACCCCAGCACAAAUCCUACAUCAUCUUCACUGUCAAGCCAUGUGGAUGUUGCUCUUACGUAGGACGCCGAAGUGAGGACGAACCGCAGGCUAUAUCAAUUGGCAAGAACUGUGACAAAAAGGGCAUUGUUAUUCACGAGUUGGGUCAUGUCAUUGGCUUUUGGCAUGAGCACACCAGGCCGGAUAGAGAUGAUCAUGUGGAGAUUCUGCUGGAGAAUGUUGUAGAGGGACAGGACUUCAACUUUAAGAAGAUGGACUCGGGUGAGGUGAAUUCGCUGCGAGAGCCCUACGACUAUAGCUCCAUUAUGCACUACGCAAAGGGCACCUUCGCUAAGGCCAAUAAGGAUGAGACGAUUCGACCCAAGGCCUGCUGCCCUCGUCCCCCCAUUGGUCAGCGUAUUCAACUCAGUCCGGGUGACGUCCGACAAACCAACAAGCUCUAUGGAUGUCCAUCCUGCGGUCGAACCCUAAUGGAGCCAUCAGGCACAUUCGCCUCGCCACAGAUGUCAUGGGUCAUUCACAACAGCCACGACUACAACACUGCCUCCGUGCCCGAUAUUGAUUUCAACUCACCCGAAAUUCUCACAGACCCUGCCUCCUUCUACCACCCUCUGACACACGAACUGCCCACCGCCCAUCGGCUCUCGGGCAUGGUGGGUGAUCACCAAGGUCGAAUGGUCUCUGACGAUAGUCGAUGGGCAAAGUUUGCCUCAAUUACAGAGAAAUUGCAUGAUCAAAACCAUGGUGGCAUCGAAUCCGCAGCUCCUUCUUCUUUGGAAUUUGCUUCCGUGGGACCUCUAUUCUGCCAGUGGCGAAUUAUUGGCGCAAUGGGCGAGCGAAUUCAUCUCAAUUUCACUUACCUUGACGUUUUUCAACAGCAUGAUGAUCUGAAAUCGGUGGUUGGGGGAGGAGGACUGGCGUUGAGUCGGGGGUCUUCCCAACUGGCUUGUGCCAGUGACUAUGUGGAGGUUCGGGAUGGAUACUACUCGGGAUCUCCAUUAAUAGGGAGGUACUGUGGAAAAACCCUUCCAUCGAUGAUAAUAUCCACGAAGUCAAGACUUUGGAUAGAGUAUAGACGAUCUUCUGGUUCCCUCAGUACAGGAUUUGUAGCUGAAUAUCAAGCCGUCUGUGGAGGUGAAAUUGUACAGGAAGAAGGUAUUAUUACAAGUCCAAGCUAUCCGGAAUUUUACAAACCCAACAAGGAGUGUAUUUGGAAAAUUGUCGUUCCUACUGGAUUCUCUGUGGCUUUGGCAUUCCAAUCCUUCGAUAUAGAAAAGCAUGACAACUGUGUCUACGAUUACCUCGAAAUUCGAGAUGGUCUCUCCGAGAGUUCGCCAGUUUUAAAGAAGCUUUGCGGUUCCAACUUACCAACUCCAAUCAAGUCGACCAAUAACAUGAUGUACAUCAAAUUCGUCUCUGACAGUUCCGUUGAAAAACAGGGAUUUACUGCCGAGUUUCAGAAAGGUAUGUUCCAAUGUUGCUUCAAUAAUAAAUUAGGACUUUGCUUUUACUCGGUAAAUGACCCAAUUCCAAAGAACACGAGCGUCAACUUGCUCCUUCCAAAAUUUGACGAAUGUAAGACGAAUAAGCAUGGCUGUUCCCACAUUUGUGUUAACACCCUUGGCAGUUACCGGUGUCAAUGCGAAAUUGGCUACGAGCUACAUCCCGAUGGCAAGAGAUGUGAAGAUGCCUGUGGUGGAGUGAUUAAUGCAGCUAACGGAACCAUUCAAACACCAGGCUUUCCAGCCGAGUAUCCACCCAACAAGAACUGCAUUUGGAAGAUCGUUGCAGCGCCCAAAUCCACCAUCUUCCUCAAUUUUACUCACUUCGACCUUGAAGGCAAAAACAAAGCCUGCAACUACGAUUUCAUCAAUGUCUACAGUGGUCCGCAACACAAUCAGCAGAAGAUUGGAACAUUUUGUGGCAAUACGCUUCCAGCACCGAUCACUUCUCAUACCAAUGAAUUGAAUAUUGAAUUUUACACCGAUGGCUCAGUGCAACGGACCGGAUUCAGGGCAGUCUUCUUCACGGACCUAGACGAAUGUGCGGACAAUAAUGGCGGUUGCCAACACAUCUGUCGAAACACUAUCGGAUCAUACUACUGCGAGUGUAGGCCGGGGUACAAGGUGUAUGGCAGAUUUAAUUGCAAGGAGAUUGGAAUAAGCGCCGGUUGUCAACAAGAAAUCUCCUCACCGGAAGGUGAAAUUCGAACACCAAAUUGGCCUAGUGAGUACCCAGCAAGACAGAGUUGCCAAUGGAAGAUCACAGCAACACCGGGACACCGUGUCAAAGUUGUGUUUGACGCAUUCGAGGUGGAAUCACAUCAGCAAUGCAUGUACGACCGAGUGAUCGCCUACGACGGCUUGACUACCGAUGCGCCACAGCUAGGGCGCUAUUGCGGUAGUCGUAAACCCGCACCAAUCAUUUCAACUGGAGCUACCCUUCUCCUCACUUUUAAUGCCGACGGAUCGGUUCAGAGAAAAGGUUUCAGGGCGCAACACUCAACGGUGUGUGGUGGUGAAUUGAAAGCAGACAUAACAUCUCAAAACCUCUUCUCUCAUGCCAAAUUUGGUGAUUUGGAUUAUCCCGUGAACCAGCAGUGUUACUGGACCGUUCAUUCAAAUCUCAAGAAUUAUACAAUUCUCAUUCGUUUCCUAUUUUUCGAAGUGGAAGAGGAAACACUUUGCACAUAUGACUAUGUGAAGAUAUUUGAUGGUCCGGAUGGAACGGCUCAACGCUUGGGUGAAUACUGCGGUCGGAAGUUGCCCCACGAUUCCUACGCUGCGUCUGGAAGCAUGCACAUCCAAUUCUACACUGACGAUACCAUCAGUGGCAAAGGAUUCCACGCGCAAUAUCAACUGGUUCCCAACGGGGCUGUAGCUAAUCAAAAUCAACUGAGCCUUUCACCAAUCGUCAAGCUGCCUAACUCCCCACCCUCCUUCUAUCGCUCCGAACAGCCUGCCUACAGGCAUCGACGCCAGUCGGCGGUCACUCCUCCCCGAGCUAGAGCACCCUUCCAUGGAAGCCGCUAUGUCUCGGGCAUCCAUCGCACUUCACCUUGGGUGAGCCAGAAGACUCUCUAUGGAAAUUACCUGCCACCAGCCGUUGAAACAUCACGUCAAUCACGGGCUUGGAGGGUGCCUUAUCGACCGCCUCAGCCUCCGACACAAUCAGUACGGACUCGAACUCGGAUCUACAAUCCCCACGCAGCUUGGAGCGCCAAUGGUUAUCGUCGGAUGCAUCCACAAUUAAGAGCCGAUGUUGAAUAUGGGAUCCACGAAGUGGGAGGGUCAAAGAGCACUUAUCUCCCGGCUGCUGCAAGCCAUCGAAGUCAGCAACAGCAGAAAAGACCCGUCUCCAGUGUCACCGUGAAUACCUCUUAUCGUCGCAUUUCUGCACCCUGA